AUGAAAGGUAGUCUUCCCCAGCUCCGUACCGCCUUUUCGUCGCUUCUGGCGCGGAACGAGAGCACCGGCAUCCUUUCAUAUCCGCGCUAUUCAGCACGCGCAAUAUUGGUGAGCACUAUAAACGCGGGGGUCCCGAUCAACGUGAUAGACUUGAUUUCCAGUCUAGUUUAUAGAGGGCAGCCGUCGUCAACAAAGCAGCCAUAUCUCUAUGGAAAUACUUUUGUUUUGGGGUCCUUUGUCAUCAUACAUCUCGAGGGGGAUCAUGAUACCUUGAUAGAGUUCUUCAAGACUCUUCAGCCCCAUGUUCUUCGGUGGCCGGGUUUGGAGCCCCACCACCCCAUCACAUUGGCCCUCAAGCGAAAGGCCGACAAGCUACGGGCAGCAGGCCAAGUGCCUGCACCGACUCUUUUAGGCCACUGCGCCGUGCUGCUAUACGAAGAAGAUAUCUCCCUUCAGUCCAACAGUUGGCAUGUGGCAGUGCUUCCAACCCUCCCCGAAGGAGACUCGGAUUCUGGAAUUUCUUUGUUUACCGUUGUUAAUACCACAACUGCAGCCAUCUUGAAGUGCGCCACCAUCACUCAGCUAAUAGGCCCGGGUGAAAGCGAUGUCACCAUUCCUGGCACAGACCUUUCUGCAAUCCCCUCGCAAAUCCUUAUUAAGCUGUUCUUUGAAUUGCCAACAUAUGCAUUUCUCAGGCGGAUAGUGUUAGCCGCACAGAACGUAAGCUACACAGAUAUCAAGCUCUCUGGUGUACCGCAGAAGGACCUCAAGAUUGAGCCUCACACCCCGCUUGACCAAAACUCUCUAGAAGGUUGGCAAAUGUACUCCGGAAAUUUACAGAUUGAUAACUCGGGAUUCUUUAUCAAUUCCAUUGUUGGAGACGCUCUAGAACAGCUGGGAGCAAUCAACGAGAAGCACAAGCAGUUCUUGGCCGAGAGCAAUACGAUAUUUUCUGCGGAUGCCAUAACGGGUCCAGACGGCGAAUCGAUUAACGAUCUCUUCAGUCUUGACGAGUUCAUAAUAGAAUUUGUGUAUACGACUCCAGAGACACUCUUCGAAGACAUGACUUAUAACAUGAACGAGAACUGGUGCUUCGAAAAUCUAUACCACAGCUUGCACAAGUCUUCCAACUAG